CAGUAGGUUGGGGCCACUGGAGAACCUUAUAUGAGGUCUAAGCUUCCAGGAAUAUAUGUGAGAUAACUUCUUAGUUUAAUUGUAUCAGUGAAACACGUAAUUCCAAAUUUGGGCGGGGAAAUAACAUGGUCCCCACUUUUUGUUUUUGAAAUGAGUAGUGACAGUGAGAAAGAUGAAGCAAUCGUAAGGAUUGAAAAUGUGCUGCAAGAUUUUGAUGAAGAGGACUGUAUAGUUAUGGGUGGGAUUGAUGACAAGUCUGUGUGUACAUUUACAAGGGGUUAUGUAAAAAGACAGGCUCUUUACACCUGCCGAACUUGUCUGGAUAUUGAUGAAGUGAAAGCUGGUAUUUGCUUUCCAUGUGCAAUACAGUGUCAUGCUGGCCAUGAUUUGGUCGAAUUGUACACCAAACGCUCUUUUAGGUGUGACUGCGGCAACAUCAAAUUCGCAGGUGUGUGUGAGUGCAUUUUGUGGGAGGAAAAAGAUGAUGAGAAUGGUUUGAAUCAAUACAACGACAACUUCUCUAACCGUUAUUGCACGUGCCAGCGUUCCUACCCGGAUCCUAAUUAUAACGGCACCGAAGAGAUGAUACAAUGCGGAGUUUGUGAGAACUGGUAUCACUUGGAGCACCUCAAUAUGGAUGCUAACUUCAGAACUCCUGAUAAUUAUGAAGAGAUGACAUGUUUCAUUUGUCUCCAGAAGAACACAUUCUUGUUUUUACAGGCGUAUAACACUGAAGCUAUGUUUCGUCAGUCUUGUGAGACAGGUUCUAAUACUAAGUGUAGCACCCUUGUUCAUCCUAACUUUACUCCUGAGCUAAAGAAGUUGAGAAGGUCGGAAUCCGAUGAGAGUGAGAAGUCAGAAGAUAACUCUGCCUGUCGUCUUGCCAUUUGGGCGAACAAAAUGAACUGUCAUACCCCCGACUUCCGAUAUUUGUCUGUUGAGUGUUUGGACGGCGUCGACCAUAAGCGGAUCCCAUCUGUAUUUUGGGUCUCAGGUUGGAGAAAUUUUCUAUGUCGGUGUGAGGAGUGCAGGAAAAUGUAUAAACAUUUCAAAGUCGAAUUUCUUUUGGAUCCUGAAGACUCAAUGUCUCACUAUUUGCAGUUGGCAAAAGAAAGAACAAAGUCAAUUAAUGAAGAAGAAAAGCGUGCUCUGAGUGAAGCUUUGUCAGAGUUACCACAUCCUGUGGCAGUGAACUUCGCAACAGGUUUAGCACGAUUAAAAGGGGCUUUGGAAGAGUUUUUUACGAAGAAAAGGGAUGAAGACCAUGUAAGUAGUUCAUUUAUUUACAUAAUUCCGUUUCAUAAAAUUGUUUAUUCAUACUCUUCAGUUAGAGUGAAUGUGUUCCCAGCAACCCUUCCUUUUUUAUUAUAUCGAUUUGUUAAACUCCGGCUUGUUUAUUUCCUGAUUACAAAUUAUCUGUCGGUAUUCUUUAAGCCAUGUGUUCAAAAAAGUAUCUCAGAUCUGUGGUUUUUCAAACUUGUUUCUUAUGUGGCCGGUAUUUUCAUCUUCUGGCAAACCGAAGCUCUUCGAGAAUAUCCGUGCUACUUGAUCACAACAGAUUGAAUCAUUUUGUCAUCCACUACAUUCUUACGUACACCGAUGCAUCAUCAACUGUUGUUUAGUCGUCACCGAAUCAGAAGUUAGAGCGUUUUUUGAAGAUUUUCGCAAACACAAUCAAUUAUAACUUGAACACGACUGGGAAAAUUAAAUGGCAUUUUGUACAUUGAUAGCACUGUGUAUACUCAACUUGCAUUGAAGUAACAACGCCAUCUUGAGUGAAACGUGUUCAAUCAUUGCUUUGUUACACUAAUUAAAUGGAAUAAUGUCUGCUUUAGUUUCAUGAAUUUCCUUAGACUAGGGUUUUGUACGAGUGUCUGUGGAAUGUCUUUUAGAAAGAUAACCAUGGUACAUCUAAUCCUGUCCUAACAAAGUUGCUGGGUUUUACGCUGAACUCAUUUCAUCACAGGAACGAACUGCAUCCCGAGUUCUCACUGUUGAAGACCACAUGCUGUUUGCUGGUGCGCUACAUCACAGUAGUCAAGCAAAAAAAUUUACAACAACUAGCUG